AUGCCUCCCAAAUCGAAUGCUACGUCUCAGGAGAAAACGGUAAAGCAUCGAGCCUGCGAUGAGUGCAGAACACGAAAGCUAGCUUGCUCCAAGAACCCAGAUGGAUGUGAACGAUGUAAACGAGAAGGCAUCGUCUGCCAUUAUUCUGAACAGAAACCUAUGGGACGUCCUCGAAAAAGGCAGUUCAUAGAAACCACACGCGACGACCCCGAACCCGAUCCUAUAGUCGAUUCUUUAGGUCUUGGACCACUACCGUUUGCUGGCGAUUAUGAUUACAAUGAAGGCGCACUGCCAUAUUUUACCAAUCAGCCCAUCUUAGGCUUUACUGAAGACACUGCAAAGGUGGCUGGAGAUAAUAACGGAGGCAACAUCUGGCAAUUUGGAGACCCUCAACUAGUGGGCACAAAUCCAAUAAGCUUCGACAAUUUUGGUUUCGACGAUACGUUUCAAGCAGACCAAGGCCUGGAGGCACCUUUAUUGCUGGCAGGCAAUGGCGAUUCUUCGUCGUCUGAAAGCGAGAACAGUCCUCCCAAAAUACCCGAUCCUGUUUUCAAGCCUGCCGGGCCAUGUAGCUGUCUGGCAAGCAUGUACUUAGCUCUAGCAUCUCUUCAGCAACUGCCGUUAGACGUUGCGAGUGCUCUUCGGACAGUUAGAACUGCGGCUGCUACGGCGGCAACCACGAUUUGGUGCCCACAGUGUGGAGCGAUCAUCGUGGAGAAAAAAAGGCCUGCCAUAGAUGGAUUCCAGAACACCAUGCUUCUUGGUACUCUUCUGCCCAUUAUAGCGCAUGGCUAUCAGAGGGUUAUUGAGCUGAUCGAUAUUGAAGUGGACGCUGCUUUGGCAGCAGGUACCACCAAAACCUUUGAAUUUCAGGAGUACGGUGGGCUUUGUAUAAGCCAGACCCCCAUUGAAGGGGAAAUGGCUUGCGUACAAAAGGAAAUGAUGUUUAGUGCUGUCGAGAUGGCUCCUAUGCAAUGGCGAAGCACAGUUCGGGCUUUAUUGAGAGUCGAUAUAUAUGGGCAUGAUGGACUUGGUUACAAAUAUAAAGGACUGAGAGGCCUGGUCACCGAGAUCGAGAAUCGUCAACGGACACGUCACGACUGGCUGGACUCGCUUCCUGAAGAUGAGUUCAAAAAAGCGGCUGUCGGACCAUUUGCCCCCUCCAAAGCAACUUGUCUAGGCGAGCAGACUCAUGGCUGCCUUCAAAUUUUGGAGAUGGCGAGACUUGCGCUUGAUAAUCUGGUUAUUGCGUAG